AUGAUAGAAAAAGCAUGCCCGACAGGGCAGGAUAUCGUCACCCACAUUCUCCCCAUUUUUGCCGUUCAGUAUGUUAUGGGAGUGUUGGUGCAACUUAGAAACACGUCACUACUACGUAUCGCCUUGCUACCCACCUUACCGUGGCUCGCGUGGAGGGCUGCCUCGACAUUCGACUUUUCUUGUGGGGACCCUGGGAAAGCCCAAAGCAAUGCUCUAUUCUUCGCUCAUAUGGUAUCCACAUGCAUGCGAGUCACUACUUGGGCUAUGGUGCAAGAACCCUACGUUCGCGACAAUGUUCCAAAAUCAGGACAGACCAGCGUUCCUAUGGCCUUGUGGAACGCGUGGGAUCUAUUUAUAAAUCUUCGCGGUAUCGGGUGGAAUUGGUCGCGAAGAACCCCAAUCCCCGCUGUCCGGCCAUCUAGCGCAGCUAAAUUCAAGAGCCCGAUUCUUGGUUUUCCUACGGUCUGGCUUUCGAUGCGUGCACGGAAACCUAUUCGCACUUUCUCUCCGAAUUUCAGGUCGUGGGAAGGCGACACCGUCUUCGAUUAUUCACUUCCGCUGAUUCCCAGGUAUCUGCGUACGCUGGGGAUAGCGUAUCUCGCAGUUUGGUUGGCAUACUUAGCCAUCCAAUUCGCAUACUAUGCUAUGGCUAUGGUAUUCAUCACCGUAUUCUUCCAACAUCCAACGCAGUGGCCACCUGUGUUCGACAAGCCGUGGCUGUCCACUUCGUUAAGUGAUCUCUGGGGGCGACGAUGGCAACAAAUGCUCCGCUUUCCUUUUGUUUCGUGCGGUGGGAUACCCUUCGGAUACCUAUUCGGUCGUCCGGGGGGUAUUCUCGGGACAUUCUUGGUAUCCGGCAUCUUCCAUUACAUCGAGCUUAUCGCAGUCGGACGGGGAGGUAGUGCCUCGGCAGAAAUCGGCUUCUUCUUCUUGAACGGUGUCGGAGUGUUAUUGGAGCGUGCUUGGUCCAAGAAAGUGGGCCGCCGUGUCCAAGGUGUCUACGGAUGGAUAUGGACGUUCUUGUGGAUGACAUUCUGGGGUCUUCCACUCGUCGACCAAUGGGCAAGAGCAGGUCGGUUUGCAGCGGAUGCGAUCCCUGGGUUUCAUCCCACGACGGCUUUGCUUUCGUUGGUGCUUCCGCAGGGUGUCGAUAAAGAAUUUGCCUUGCAGUGUCUGUGUUUUGGGACGUCGAUACCGUUUCUUGCGUAUUCCCUGUUGACUCUGGUCUAG